GGAGGUCUUGGGUUCAAAUAUGACAUUAGAUACUUCCUAGCUGUGUGAUGCUGGGCAAGUCACUUCACCCCCAUUGCCUAGCCCUUACCAUUCUUCUGCCUUGGAACCAAAACACAGUAUUGAUUCUAAGAUGGAAGGUAAGUGUUAAAAAAAAGUUAGAGAGUAGCACUAAAAUUCUUCAUUUUUAUUACUUGAGUGGUUAAAGAUAUUAAGCUCUAAUAUAACUGGAAGCUGCUAAGUUUCAUACUGUAUAGUUUUAUUAAGGAUAUCAACUUUUGCUUGUUGUUAAUUGGGAGGAAAGAAGAAAAGAAGUGCCCAGAAACAAUAGAACAAAUCUUGGGCAAUUUUUCUGAUAACUGCAUAUUAGUUAUGUAUCUCUUACAUCCCUUUUAAUAUUUAGAUGCUUAUUCCACACAAAAGCUAUGAAUUCUCAACCAGGGGUUAGAAAUCAUUUUAGAAGAAGUCUGGUAUACUGCCAAUUUUCUCAAUACAUUAGAAUCAAAGUCUUAAAUCCCACUUUUCGUUCUAGGACCUUUAUUCCUGAUUUUCUAUUUUUUCUUUUGAUAGAUGCAUUAAGUGAAUGGAAUUUCUUUCAUAGCUUCCUUGUUUUCAAAAAACAAUCAGAAGCCUUCAUGACUUAUCUGUUAAUAUAAUUAAGUGCCUCCUGGAGACAGUAUACUGUACUUUAAGAAAUAGUGGCCUAGCCUGUGAGUUUACAAUCUGAGUGGGAUUUAGAAUAAUCUCUAAACACAGGCAUCCUGAUGAUUUGAAAGACCAUUGCUCUGGGAGCCAUAAGGGCAGGUCUCUAUCACUGUGUGACCUCAUAAGUCCCAUCUCGCUCUUUUUUUUCUUCAUCUAUAAGUUGGACUCUAAAGUUCCCUAAACUUCAGUUUUUUAUAAUUAUAUAAAGGGAAGAGGCUGUUUUUCACCAAGUUAGAACAACCAAAAAGAUCAAAUCAACAAAUAUUUUUGUACAUUUUAUGUACGAGGCACUGUACUAGAUAAUAGUGUGGGUAUGGGUUCAAAUUAAAAUAAAUGGGUCUUCCCCUGUGGUAUUUGUAAGAGCAGCAAAAUUAAAUCGUUUCCACUAAAGUCUCAAAUGGGUUAUUAAUCCAUUUAUUGUUUAUAUGUUCAUGGUAUUCAAUUCAAUAAUUCCUAAGCCUUCUGAACACACGUGGUGGUUUAUUGUACGUGCAGUAAAUGGUUCUCAUCCAGUUUCUCAUGGUGAACCACAAAUGGCAAAUAUAUAGCCUUCUGUCAAGCCAAGUUCAGAGCCUCUUCUGACUUUGGUGUAGGCCCUAACAAAGCUUGUGCUCUCCUAAUACUACCACUGAGUCCUGUCACCUUGAGACCUUUGGCAACUUAGAGUAAAACUUGGUGAGAAGAGAUAUAGACUUAUUUUUAAAAUUUAUGUUUAUAUCUAUGCUUUUUUCACACUAUGAAUUAAUGAGAAGGGAGUUAAAAUAUUGCCCCUGAUCACUUUGUAUUUCUAGUGAUAUUAUAAGAAUCUUUCAUGCAAGAAGCUUCUUGAAUAUGCUGAUGAAAAUAGUUUUACAGAUUAGUCAAGACCAUUGAAAUUAUUGAUGAAACAAUUGAGGCAAUUCCAGUAAUCUGUAAUAAUGGAGUGAAGUCAAGGUGUGGCUAAUAUAAAAAAUUUGAUUGUUCAAAACCCCAUUACAUUUGGUCGAUUUGUUUGUUGUAAUGAUAGAUUUACUUUAGUAUUUAUUUUCUUAGCCUAACGUGAAAAGUGCUUUGAUUUUCUUCAGCAUCAAAUGUAGCACAGUGAAAAAUGUCUUCUGAAGCCCAAGACCUUAUUCUAAUUACUCCUCUUUACCUUUCUUGGCUCAGUUUCCUCACCUGUAAAAUAAAUAAAGGAGGUGGACUAAAUGUUCUCUGGAGAACUUGACCGAAUCUGUAAUUCUAUGUGCAUAAACUGUUUGAAGAGAGAUGAAACUAAUUGUAAGGCCAUAUAAAUCUCUUUUUAGAUUAAAAGUGUACUGUGGGAUGGUGCAAUAGUUUUCUUUUCCAUUGUGUCCUAUCUAGUCAUUAGUACUGCUCUUAUAUAGGCAAUGACAUGGGGCUAGGUCUAUGUGUUUUUACCUUUACAAUACAUGCAGCUAUAGGUAUAGUUCUAGUUUAUUGCUGGGCACCACAGAUAUUUUAAGAUUUCUACAGAAUACUCAUUUGUUUAUGAAUCAAGCAACGUCUUGUUCUGAGCCAGUCAUACAGUUCAUAUCAUCUGAGCACUUAUAACAUUUUGUGCCACCCUUUAGAAUCGACUGGCUUUGAGGAUAGCCCACCUUGAUUAUCUUCAGAAAAGUAAAAGGUUUUUUCCUCCUCAUCCCUCCCCUGUAUUUUUCUCUUUUUUUUAAAUAACCACUUCUUGAUUUGGAGCAUUAAUGAUCUAGAAUCAUAGCUUCAAAGGCGGUAUUUAUCAUUGAUCCAGCUCAGCCCUCAUUGUACAGUAGAAGAAUACUGUUCAAUGCCAGGAGGUAGUAACUUGUUUGGUAUUAACAAAGCUAGUGACUGGUAGAGUUGAAAUUCAUUCCAUUAUUCUUAGAAUAAUUUUUCCCUGAGUUUCAAGUUGGGUCAUCAGAGAUGUUUUCUGCCCAGUGCCAGCCAGGAACAGGAGAAAGAGCCCUUGCCACUAGCAAUUUGUUAAUGCUACAUCUCUCUAAAAUAAAAGAGCCUCCAUGUUACUCUCUAGUUAGUAAAACUUGAGGAACAAAAAGUUGUUCACUAAGCCCCAAAGUUUAAAUUUGAAGGUCACUCCCAUAGCCUCUUACACAUGUUUCUCCUAACUCCUUUAUCCUAGAGACAAAUAAUAGCACCCUAGUUGGUUUUUGUUUAAAGGUAGGUGUCUUGUGCUUUUCAAGCAGUCAUAGGAUCAUGGAUUCACAAGAUGUAGUGAUGAGGAAAGAGAUCUUGGAGAAAAGAAACUACCAAGGCCCAGAGGGCAUAACUGACAGGCUACAAGGCAGAUAUCUAGGUUCAAAGCCAGUACUUUAGACUCCAAAGCCAAUGCUCUUUUCUACUUAACACUUUCCAGUUGACCAAAAUGUGCAUCUUCAUGUUUCUUUGAAGUACAUUUUUCCCUAUGCAGAACAGAUCUGAUUCUAAUCCUGUUUGUCUUGGGCUAAAGCCAACUGCUGUGUUAAGAGUAGUCCAGGAGCAGGAUGCGAGGCAUUGCUAGGUACUGGGUCUACAAAAACAGAAUACUUUCUAAUAAUUGUUAAAAAUGAAGAAAUGAGAGGUGGGGGCUUUAUGAGAAUCACAGGACUAACCAAGUGUCUGAGACAACAUUUGAACCCAAGUCUUCCCAUCAGCACUGUAUAGCAUUUACAGACUUUUGUUAGGUCUUGGACCACUUCAGAAUCAUUCUUAAAAUAGCUGAAGAUGGGAUUACAAAGAGAUCAUUCAAAUACAGUUAUCAGUUUGUAUUAAAAGAUUUCAUUCCUAUGUACAUGUGUAUAUACACAUACGUGUAGAUAAACGUGUGUAUAUCUUGAAUUCUAAAUGUAUGAAUCCCACAUUAAGAACCUAACCAGAACGAGAAUUCUGGUAAUAUUGGACCUAUAAGGAGGUGGGGAUAAGAUCAUCCUUCUGAUGGUGGAACUCUUCCAAAAGUCAAGCAGCCAUUGGGCCCAUAAGCAAGUAUCCCUGUUCCCCUUAAGGGAUUAUCCCACCCGGGAUGAAUAGACCCUAGCCCCUGCUGCGGAGGAAUCUGGUUUUGUGUGAAGUGGUUAGGGGGCGGGGUGGGCACACCGCCCCAUCCCGGAACUUCUUCCAAGUCAUUGACUAGUUUAGUGGCUGCCGAAGGGGGAGGAAAGAAUUCUGUGACCUCUCAAUAGGGUUUGGAAUGGUGAUGCUGGUGGAAUUCCAGUCUCCAGGCAACUAGUUUCAUUGUGGUUCAGGAGGCCAGUGAGCUUGGCACUUAUGCGCCUGGCUCCCUGCCUCCCGCUUUCUCCUUAGCGGUUGGCUUCCUUAGGGAGAAGGGCAGACCCAUCGAGUCACAUCUGGAUUAUAGAGCUUCACGGAUAGUCUAUGCCGCGUGAAGUUGGCCAGAUGCAUUUACUUACCUAUUUUGUAGGCUGUUGUAUCUUCUGGACGCUCUGCACCAGCCUUAGGCCAGGUUUUGCAGUGCCACUUGGACUUAUGUUGGCGAAAAAUGAUAAGUUAAUUGAAGAAUCUAGAAAAAUAUUAGGAGAACCAGAAGAUGGUGGAAUUAACUUCUUCUACCCAAAGACUUGCAGACCAAAGGAUGGACAGAAGAUUGAAGCAUGUGAUGCAGACGAGGAACUUAAUAAAACCAUGUGUUUGCGAUUCAACUGCUGCUAUUCCCUUGAAAAAAAACAUGACAUGGCAUGCUAUUCUCCAUUAGUCGACAACAUUCAGCUGACUCUUCGCUUCUUCAUCCUUGGCAUUACCUGCUUGAUUUUCCUGGUGUGUGUUCCGAUAUGUUGCUGCAUCCUUUGCCAAAAAAGCACAGUGCCUGAAAACUUACAAGGAGGUAACUCGGAAGUCACCAAGAUCCUGCUGCAACAUUCUGACACCCUGGAAAACAUCAAUGAUAUUGAGGAGGAGGAGGAGAAGGAGGAGAAGGAAGAGGAGGAGGAUAAUGUGGAUGAGGAUGGUAAUAAUGGUGAUGGUUAUAACGAUGAUGGUGAUGCAGAUGAUGCAAUUCCAGAAGACACUAGAAAAGCAAAAGGCAAAGGAAAAGCAAAAUAGAAAUGAUAUAGUUCGGCUGUUUUUUUAUAUUCUGCAGCAAAUGAAUAAGAUGCAAAGGACUUGAUAUAAAGACAUGUUAUGACUUCGGAAUGGCACUCUGUUAUUCUCUAAUCUGCAUUUUCUGGAGCUCCAUAAAACUUAUAUAUAAACAAA